CGGAGGAGGAGGAGGAGGAGGAGGAUAUGAUCCCACAGUGGCGAUGUCAGCAUUUUAUCGCCAGCCGUUUGGGUACGGUGGUGGCGGCAGCAGCGGUGGACAGCAAGGUGGUGGUCAGUCAAGCUUUGGAUCGAACAACAGCGGUGGGUACGGCGACCAGGAAUCCGGCGGCGGUGGGCAGUCUUCCCAAAGAUCGGGCUACAGCACUGGGGGAUAUGAAUCCAGGGGCGGUGGCGGAGGAGGAAGUUAUGGCGCAAACCGCAACUCUAGCGGAGGACGCCAGGGCGGCUCCACCAGCGGAUCUAGCAGCGGAUCUGCUGGACCCGUGCGCGGAGGCACCAGUGGCGGUAGCGGGCCAUCGUCCGCAGGAGGUCACGGACGAGGCGGUGGCUCAUAUCAUCCCUACCAGCGCUGAGCGGGAACAACUUUCAGACAGACAUGCCUUACGGGGUAUGAUGCACCAUUAGAACCACCGACAUUAUGAAAUAAACAAGAACCAAUGCCAAAGAGCUCUGUAUAACCAGAUUACGAGAGUGUUGUUGUAUUGAUGCUGAUGCGAGUUGACUAUUGUUACAAGGGUGCUGCUGUGAAAAAUGUGAUGUUUGUUUUCCUGUUUGCCACCGCCUUUUCAUGCCAUCAAGAUGAUGUCCUCUAUGCUACGGUAGCUCCACAUCCGAUACUAGUACCCCAAGGUCAAGCUGCUGUUCGGCGGCCUGUGGAUGUCAGUCGUUAAAGAACAUACAUCCUUUGCUUUCCUUCAUAUCUCUUUCUCUACCGCAUGCCUUUUCCUCGCCGUAUCCUGUCUAUGUGCCACCCUGCCUGUGGUGAGUAAGAUGGUUGUAAAAAAAAAAAAAAAAAAAAAAGCAGCCCCUUC